GGUGGCGGACUGGGUCCUUUUCGGCGACCCGGACUAGCUCACUGACCAUGGGCGGCCGCGGGCCCGGAGGCGGCCGGGCUGAGCCCUGCUGAGCCCGCCCCGCCCGCCAUGGGCGACCGCGAGCGCAACAAGAAGCGGCUGCUGGAGCUGCUACGGGCUGCGGGCACCGGCAACGCGCACUGCGCCGACUGCGGGGCGGCGGAUCCCGACUGGGCCUCUUACAAGCUGGGGAUCUUCAUCUGUCUCCACUGCUCUGGCGUCCACCGCAACUUCCCGGACAUCAGCAAAGUUAAAUCCGUGAGACUCGACUUCUGGGACGACAAUAUUGUGGAGUUUAUGACUCACAAUGGAAACCUCCGUGUGAAGGCCAAGUUCGAAGCCAGAGUCCCCGCUUUCUACUACAUCCCCCAAGCCAAUGACUGCCUGGUCUUAAAGGAACAAUGGAUUCGUGCUAAGUAUGAGAGACAGGAGUUUAUGGCUGAUGGGAAAGCUGUCGCUCCCCCAGGUAACCGAGAAGGAUUCUUGUGGAAGCGGGGAAAGGACAAUGCACAGUUCCUGAGAAGAAGAUUUGUCCUGCUGGCAAGAGAAGGUCUCCUGAAGUACUACACCAAGGAAGAGAGUAAAGGCCCCAAAGCUAUCAUCAGCAUCAAGGACUUGAAUGCUACUUUCCAGACAGAGAAGAUUGGGCACCCCCAUGGGCUGCAGAUCACCUACAGGAGAGAGCACCACAUCAGGAACCUGUUCGUGUACCAUGAGAGUGGGAAGGAGAUAGUGGAUUGGUUCAACGCCCUCCGUGCAGCCCGUCUGCAAUAUUUAAAAAUGGCCUACCCUGAGCUACCAGAGUCUGAGCUCGUGCCCCUCCUCACCAGGAACUACCUCAAACAAGGCUUCAUGGAAAAGACUGGUCCAAAGCAGAGGGAACCUUUCAAGAAAAGGUGGUUUGCCUUGGAUCCCCAGGAGCGGAGGCUGCUAUAUUAUAAGAAUCCCCUGGAUGCCUUUGAGCAGGGCCAGGUUUUUCUUGGAAGCAAGGAGCAGGGGUAUGAGGUAUCUGAAGACCUGCCCAAGGGCAUCCGAGGGAAUCGCUGGAAAGCUGGCCUCACCAUCCUCACCCCAGAGCGGAGAUUCAUCCUCACCUGUGCCAGUGAGAAGGAGCAGCGGGAAUGGCUGGAGAGUUUGCGGGAUGUUCUGUCCCGCCCCUUGACUCCCCUCCACAUCCUCACUGCAGUAGCAGAGAGUGGCUGCAGCAGCAGGUGACCCAGUGACUGAGGAGCUGGCUGGCCACCAGACACCCACUGGAGCUCCUGGCAUAAAGGAGGAGUUCUUAUCUCUGAUCCAGUUGCCCAGCAGGAGUGCCCAACAGCCAGCAGCCAGCAGUCAGCCUGGCAAGGUAUGCUGCCAACACUGACGCUGUGAUGGAUCUUCCUGCUCCCUGGGCCUUCCAGAGUGCCUGGCCUCCAGGAUCUGAGGACAUGGUACACAACAAACACAUAUGCCAACCUCUCUUACGAAUCAAGGCUUGAAAUGUCCUGAAGGCCCAGAACUUUCUCAUCUGAAAUGGAGGCAUUAUAAUGAGAAAGCACCCAUAACAUCAUGCAUCUGGCAUUUUGAAAAAAAAAAAAAUUAAUCUGAAUCUAAUCAUGAGGAAAUAAUCAGGCAGAUUCACAUUAGGUAUGUUAUGCUGAACAACCAG